UUCAGCCUGCGGGAAGAGGGCCCGAAGUCAGGCCUACCGUGUACUUGCGCUUCUCCAGCUGCCGUUGCUGUUGAUUAUUGAGUGCCGGAUAUUACGUGUUCUGCGGCCCUCUCUGGCGAGCACAGGGUUGCGAUCCGCGCCCCGAGAGCGGAGGCCAGCCGCUCAUUGGCAAGGGGAAUGAGGGAUCUGCAGUGGAACCGUUCCCCGGACAAGACGGCAGUUUAACACGGAAGCAUGCCGAGAGCGGCCCGUCAUUGGCCAGGGCACCUCACAAGCUUCCGCCUUUUCCACCUUGCCGUGCUUGCCUCGAGCCCAACGUUGUCGAACCAUGGGGGCAGCCACAACCCCAGUCUGGCAUGCCAGACUGCUCCCAUCUGGCCGAAACAGGCAGGUCAACAUCCCACAACCAUGGCAGCUCACGGAAACAAACUCACAAAAUCGUCGAGGGGUCUUGAGCCCCGCACUCGGCUGUCUCACUCGGCUGGUGGAUCGUUGGGAUUCAUCGACAGAGCGGGGAGGAUUGGUCGGGGGCCAUUGUGCGACAUUGUUUAUGUCGAACCCUGGAUCAUAUGUGCGGUCAAGGACCCGAGUUCGCCGAUCCCUACGAUUUAGAGCUCCCGCGGUUCCAGACAGCGAGUCCGCGUUUCCCUCCUUAUUGUGAGCGUCCCCGCAACUUUAUUCUCGAGUUUU